CAUGACUGUACUUUAGAAGUUCAUAUCUUUUCUCUUAUUCUUUCCAUACAAUUCUACAGUAAUAUAAAACCUAACAUGCUCACAGUACAAUGAUCGAAUUUUUAUCACCUCUUAUCCGUGUCCUACACUGAUAUUGGAGUAAGGUUUUAGAGUGAUAGAUUCAACUAAGGGAUCGAUGGAUCAUCUCCAACAAAUAGCCAAAGCUUACUACCUCGCCGGCUCGCCGGAGCUCCAAACCGGAGUCCAAGAACUGUUCGACACCCUGGACAGCGACGGAGACGGCUACAUCGACAAAGACGAGUUCAUAAGCGUCUUGACCCAAGACAGCGCCGACGAAGUACGCGACGUAGAGAGGUGCGGGAGCCUCUUCGAAGAGCUGGACAUCGACGGCAACGGGACGUUAGAUUUCUGGGAAGUCAUGACGCUCCUCUAUAUUUAUAUGAGCAAGAGGCCGAGCUGCGAUGGGUGCGGGAGAUUCAUUCCGGCCACGUAUUUCUCCUGCGUUGAGUGCCAUGCCGACCUUCAUACGCAGUCGUUUGAUCUGUGCAUUGGUUGUUAUCAGAACCGGCGGUCCUCCGGGCAUAAACACCGGGGGAAGCCGGCCACUUUCUUGGAUAAUUAUACUCUAUUGGAGGCUAAGAGAAGUUCGGGCUUGAAUACCAACGCCGGUGACGGCGCCGAUGUAAACAACGUCGUCAUAUCGCAAUUAGCGUCCACUUCUUCUACACACGUUGGGUCGUCGUCGGCGGCCCCUGCGAAUCCUCCAAACACCAACACUACUGCCGUUGUUCCAGCAACUAAUAAAUAUGAGAAAUGGAAGCUUGUCCUCCAAGCAGUACAGAUGGCAUUUGCCGUGGGGACUGCAUGUACCGUCAUGUAACCAACGUCGUCAAAACCUCUAUGGAUUUAACUAUUUAAGUUUUUUUAAGUAUGAAUUCAUGUUUUAGUUCGAAUCUUGGUUUCAUUUAUAAUAAUUGUUUAGUAUUGCUUAUGUCUUUAAAUUCUUGUCAUAUUCGUUUUGUACGUCGGUCUAUGAAUCGAGUAAUUCAUGUUCUUGGUGCUUCUGUUGAUAGCAACUCUUCUCCUCGGGUCUGGGAGAGCUUCCCGCCUGAGUGUAUUGUUCACCUUAAUUGAUUAAUAAUAUGCGUUGGUUACUUU